UCUCCCCCGCCCCCUCCCGACCGCGAGAGCUGCCGCUCCAUCCCUCCCUCCCCUCCCUAGGGCUCCGUCGCGGCGCCGGCGUAGCGUCUCACCGCCGCUCUCGCGGCUGCCGUCGGCCCCGCCCGCUCUCCUCCGCGCGUAAUCUCUCCGGCUCAGGCUUCAUUGACAUUUGGCUGGGGAUUCUUCAACUGAUUCAGUAUGGAGGGGACUCUAGUUCAGUCUGCGAUUGUUUCCACCUUAUUACAUCGGAGCAGCUCUGGUCGAUCUCAUGUGCGCGCGAGGGCCACGAUGCUUCGCAGCAUGCCGACGCGGACCCUCACUCUCGGAGGCUUCCAAGGGCUGCGGCAGACAAAUUUUCUGGACACGAGGUCUGCUAUCAAGCGUGACUUCGGAUCUAUCGUGGCAAGUCAGAUUUCACGGCCACGGGGUUCAGCGUCAAGAGGGGUGGUUCGAGCCAUGUUUGAGCGCUUCACUGAAAAGGCCAUCAAGGUGAUUAUGCUUGCGCAGGAGGAGGCCAGACGUCUAGGUCACAACUUUGUUGGGACAGAGCAGAUUUUACUAGGUCUUAUUGGUGAGGGAACUGGGAUUGCAGCGAAGGUUCUGAAAUCUAUGGGAAUUAAUCUAAAGGAUGCCCGAGUGGAAGUUGAGAAGAUUAUUGGCCGUGGUAGUGGUUUUGUGGCUGUUGAAAUCCCAUUCACACCCCGUGCCAAGCGUGUAUUGGAACUGUCACUCGAAGAAGCUCGCCAGCUAGGACACAACUAUAUAGGAUCUGAGCACUUACUCCUGGGGCUACUUCGUGAGGGUGAGGGUGUGGCAGCCCGUGUGCUUGAGAGCCUUGGUGCUGAUCCAAACAACAUCCGUACCCAGGUCAUAAGAAUGGUUGGUGAAAGCACGGAAGCUGUUGGUGCUGGAGUUGGUGGAGGAGCCAGUGGCCAGAAGAUGCCCACACUUGAGGAAUAUGGUACUAAUUUGACAAAACUGGCAGAAGAGGGAAAACUUGACCCAGUUGUUGGCAGACAGAACCAGAUUGAGCGUGUGACCCAGAUUUUGGGUAGGCGAACAAAGAACAACCCCUGCCUAAUCGGAGAGCCUGGUGUUGGCAAGACUGCUAUUGCAGAGGGGCUUGCCCAGCGUAUCGCCAAUGGGGAUGUUCCAGAAACAAUUGAAGGAAAGAAGGUUAUUACUCUUGACAUGGGGCUCCUUGUGGCUGGUACCAAGUACCGUGGAGAGUUUGAAGAAAGAUUGAAGAAGCUUAUGGAAGAAAUAAAGCAAAAUGAAGAUAUUAUUCUCUUUAUUGAUGAAGUGCACACGCUGAUUGGUGCUGGUGCAGCUGAAGGUGCAAUUGAUGCUGCUAACAUCUUGAAACCAGCUCUUGCUAGAGGUGAACUGCAGUGCAUUGGUGCCACAACUCUGGAUGAGUAUAGGAAGCAUAUCGAGAAAGAUCCUGCAUUGGAGAGAAGAUUCCAGCCAGUUAAAGUUCCAGAGCCAACUGUUGAUGAAACAACACAGAUCUUAAGAGGACUUCGUGAGAGAUACGAACUCCAUCAUAAGCUGAGAUACACAGACGAAGCUCUAGUUGCCGCAGCACAGCUAUCGUAUCAGUAUAUCAGUGACCGCUUCCUGCCUGAUAAAGCUAUUGACUUGAUCGAUGAAGCUGGAUCCCGUGUUAGGCUGAGGCAUGCACAGCUGCCUGAUGAAGCCAAAGAGCUGGACAAAGAGCUUAGGCAGAUAACCAAGCAGAAGAAUGGGGCUGUUCGCGGCCAAGAUUUCGAGAAGGCAGGGGAAUUAAGAGAUCGUGAAAUGGAGCUGAAGGCCCAAAUUACAGCUAUUAUUGACAAGAGCAAGGAGAUGAUUAAAGCAGAGACUGAAUCUGGCGAAGUUGGUCCUCUUGUCACAGAGGCAGACAUUCAACAUAUAGUCUCCUCUUGGACUGGAAUACCAGUGGAGAAGGUCUCAUCUGACGAGUCUGACCGUCUCCUUAAGAUGGAGGACACACUGCAUACACGCAUCAUUGGCCAGGAUGAGGCUGUCAAAGCUAUUAGCCGUGCUAUCCGCCGUGCUCGUGUUGGCCUCAAGAAUCCGAAUCGACCAAUUGCUAGCUUCAUAUUCUCUGGACCAACUGGUGUUGGCAAAUCAGAAUUAGCAAAGUCUCUAGCAGCCUACUACUUUGGAUCAGAGGAAGCCAUGAUCAGGCUUGACAUGAGUGAGUUCAUGGAGAGACAUACUGUCGCCAAGCUCAUCGGGUCACCUCCUGGUUAUGUUGGCUAUACUGAGGGUGGCCAACUUACUGAAGCUGUUCGUCGCCGUCCAUACACGGUUGUUCUCUUUGAUGAGAUUGAGAAGGCACAUCCAGAUGUCUUCAAUAUGAUGCUUCAGAUCUUGGAAGAUGGGAGACUAACGGACAGUAAGGGAAGGACAGUUGAUUUCAAGAACACACUGCUUAUCAUGACAUCCAAUGUUGGAAGCAGUGUCAUCGAGAAGGGAGGCCGCAAGAUUGGAUUUGACCUUGACUACGAAGAGAAGGACAGCAGCUACAACAGGAUCAAGAGCCUGGUAACAGAGGAGUUGAAGCAGUAUUUCCGGCCAGAGUUCCUGAACAGAUUGGAUGAGAUGAUUGUGUUCCGGCAGCUGACAAAGUUGGAGGUGAAGGAGAUUGCUGAUAUUAUGCUGAAAGAAGUAUUUGAUCGGCUCAAGGCGAAGGACAUUAAUCUCCAAGUCACUGAGAGGUUCCGUGAUAGGGUUGUUGAUGAAGGUUACAACCCGAGCUAUGGUGCCAGGCCUCUGCGCCGUGCUAUCAUGAGGCUCUUGGAAGACAGUCUGGCAGAGAAGAUGCUGGCUGGUGAGGUGAAAGAAGGCGAUUCUGCUAUUGUCGACGUGGAUUCAGAAGGUAAGGUAGUAGUCCUGAAUGGUGGGAGUGGUGUUGCUGAGCCACUGGAACCUGCUCUCAGCAUCUAGGCAAGGCUGAAAAUCCUAGGUUUGGAGUAUGGCCUUCAUCACAUCUUAGUGGGGCUCCUCAUGAAUCAUGGUAGUAAAACUAGAUAUACAUCACUAGCCCUCCGUUAGGUUUCUCUUUCCUUGUUUCUUUUUGGGUUUCUUUUUGGAAUUGAGGCAGUAGAAAUGCUAUGGAAAUGAAUAGAUAGGGGCAAAGUGGAUGCUAGAUCCUAAGUGCUUUGUUUUUGGAAGGAUUUUGAAAAGUUUUAUUUUUGGAAGGAUGUUGGAAGCUUGGUUUCCUUCAAUUGCUGUAUUACUAGGUCAUGCUUGCAGCAAGACACGGAUAUGAUUGCACUGUUGUACGUAACCUUCCAACUAUUUAUGAGAAUAUAACUUAUCCACGCCUCCAAUAA